UGGGAGGAAGGUGACAUUGAUUAGGAGGCCAGUGCCUGAGAUUGAAGGACUGAUUGGUGCCACAGGAUUAAGUCCAUUAAUCGAUUGUUCAGUUGUUACUGGCGAUCCUGGACUGAUAUCCGCAUUUGUGGAGAGGUGGCACAGCGAGACCAGCACCUUCCACCUUCCGGUAGGAGAGUUGACGAUCACAUUGGAUGAUGUGUCGUCACUCUUUCAUUUGCCUAUCACUGGCGCGUUGCACAGUUUUCAUACUCUUUCUACAGAGGAGGCGAGAUUUUUGCUGACAGAGUUACUUGAGGUGUGUGCCGAGGAGGCUAGAGCCGAGACAACACUGACACGUGGGGCAUACGUACGACUAGGAUGGGUUCGAGACAUUUAUGAGAUGAGAUGUCAGACCCGGCGGUGGAUUGUAGCAGCUCGUGCUUAUCUGCUGCACCUGGUCGAUUGCACUCUUUUUGCUAAUAAGAGUGCAACAUACGUGCAUGUGGUUCACCUAGACGCUUUUCGUGACCUCGGUCAGAGUGGUGGUUAUGCUUGGGGAGUUGUCGCGCUGGUUUAUAUGUAUGACCAGUUAGACGAGGCUUCUAGGACCACCACACGACAGCUUGCGAGGUACCUGACUCUAUUACAGUGUUGGAUCUAUGAGCACUUCCCUAGUGUGCACCAGUGCGUGACAGAUGAUACAUACCAGGAGACGUCCCCACGUGCUUCCUGGUGGUUGACGUCGAAGGCGCACAUGAAGGGAAUCACAGGAGCACCUUACAGGGCACGUUGUGAUGCUUUGACCGUCACAGAUGUGUCCUGGUUUCCGUACACUGAGCAUCGGGGGGUUAAGGCCUUUGAGCUGAUUUCAUCAUUCCAGGGUCAGCUGAGAUGGGGUCCUAUGGUGGUCACAGCUCGACCGGAGAGGGUGGUACGGCAGUUUGGUUACAUCCAGAGCAUCCCUCCGCCGCCUGUUAGUGCUCGAUUGUCACAUGAUGAUAUAGAUGACAGGUGGAUGCAUUUUGCGGAGCACGUACUACCUGCAGGUGAGCUUUGUCUAGUGCCUGGGCAGGUAUCUGCAGAUUACAUGGAGUGGUUUUUCCGCAUAUCUCACCCAUUCAUGAUACCAACCGAGGCAGGUGACCAGCCGAGAGAUGCACUAGCCGCAGACCCUGAGGAGUACAUACAGCUGCCCAGCUCCCAAGUUCCAGUGGCAUUUGACCCCCCUCCACAUGUGGAUGAUUACGACGAAUAUGAGGCGAUUGCACAGAGGUUGGAGCGUGUGCUCAACCUUAGGAUGGUCACGGCAGGCACAGAGUUAUAUGAGAUUAUGCAGGACUGUCUGACGAUCGCCAGAGGGAGAGUCAGUGCUGAUGGAAGUGUCAGGGCUUGUCAGAGACGUCGCACGGAGCAUUGAUUAUUGUUAUUAUUUUUUGUCUUGUAGUUGACAUGGAUUUUUGUAAUUAUUACACUUUUUAGUUUAAUAUAGUUGACUUGUUUUGCACAGUUUAUUAUUUUAUGAUAUUAACUGACGUAUCGAUUCUCAUUC